AUGGCGACGAGCCCCGAUGGCCGGUACCGAUAUGCAGCCAGCAGCGGUCAGUACGCACACUACGUUUUCAAUUCCAUCGAUCUGGACCGGAAUGGCUCACUAAGCUUUGAGGAGUUUGUCGCCAACCUGUCGAUCCUGCUGCGGGGCACCGUGGACGAGAAGCUGCAGUGGACCUUCUCGCUGUACGAUAUCAACGGCGAUGGGUGCAUCACGAAGGAGGAGAUGAAGGAGAUUGUGACGGCCAUCUACGAGCUGAUGGGCAAGGUUCCGGAGGGUUGCGAGGAGGAGCAGGCCAUCAAGGAUAAGGUCGAGCGGCUGUUUGAGAAAAUGGAUCGCAACUGUGACGGAAAGAUUACGCUGGAUGAGUUCAUCGAGUGCUGCACGAAGGACGAAAGCAUCCGCCGAUCGAUAGCCGUCUUCGACACCAUCUUCUAAGCCCCCGACGGUGGACCAUCGGGCGCCACGUUGGACACGUCGGACCACGUGUCGCUCGUUUCGUGGACAUCAAUUUCUCUUCCUAGAAGCACAUCCUUCACCGCAGCUUUCGGGCCGCGCCACAACGAAUACGGAGUGCAACUCCAAGAGUUCAAAGAAGAUGACACACCUAGAAUCUUCCACUUUAUGCGUAAACAGUGCAAAUCUUUCUACAAACUUCAUAUCCGAUCGUUGGUGUCCGUGCCGGACACAGUUGGGGGUCGUUCAGACCGGCCUUCCGAUUGUGUCCGAACCCAGCGUGAGCGCGCAGGUGGCAAAAACGGUCCCAAUUUUGGUGUUACACAUUCUACGUAAUCUAUCCUGUUGCUAGUUGAUUGUUUAGGAAAAGCUCCGCUUGUUUGCUCCACCUUACGGUGGCCCCCAAACAGGAAACACAUUCGAAGCAUGGCGCUUAACUUGACUAGCAAGAUAAGUAAACCCAACUCCGAGCGAUGUAGGUGUUCCAGGAAGUCAUAUGCUAGUGCAGUGAUCCGUACCGUAGCAAAAGCCAGUGACCCAAUUUCACUCCCUUUUCAAACGUGAUAUUUGCUGUUGUAAACUUUAACACUAACAAACAAAACCUUAUCGAGCCACACAGAAUCCGUAUCCGGGCCUGAUUUGUGCAGGCUGUUUUUGUCGUUUUACGAUUAUAAUUAGUAAAAGAAGCACGAUCACGGUCGAGCCGAAAGCUGCCAUCAGAGCUGGUAGCAAAUUGUUAUGCUUCCGUUGGUAUAGAUGCAGCCCGUACAAAGAGACCGUUCUAGCAACAAUGCACCCUAAUCUGCUGGCACUUGAAUACUAGAUACUAUAGCAUGUUAAUACUGUUCUUCCAUCUGAUUCGAUUCCUUUACCGUUACACACAACCUGUUGCCGUUCCUUAGACGAAGUCCUCCAAGUUGCUUACUCGUUCUUUACCACGUAUGUCCUCGAGAUUUCUCCAAAACGCAGCCAAACUUUUGAUGCUAAAGAAUCUCAAUCUUUCGGGUUCUCACUUUCUCAAACUUAUAUCCACACAAAAACGCACUCACUGUUUGAUCAAAAACAAACUACUUUCUACUCUUUAUAUAACGUUAACUCUUACACAUUUUAACUACCCGGCGGGUAAAUCGAGUUUUGGCGAAGACGAUGUAACGAAGUAAACGUUUGCAACUCUAUUGAUAACCAUGUUACACUGUUGCCAAUCGGUGAGGGGCACCACUUCCGAUGCUACCCUUUUCUCAGUCGGUGGCCGACGCCGUAUUUCGCUAACGUAUUCGCUCUAUGUAAUUACUUGUGGUAGCCUGGACAGAGAGUGGCAUACGGACCUCUCGGCGGAGUACAGGGUCUGAAAUUUCAUAUAGGUUUUGGAGUGUGAUAUUUUAUUUUUCAAUCGACUCCUUCCAAACAUGGCUGGAGGGAUGCAGAAAAUCCAGUUGUUUUCCAUACACUUUGUUAUCGCUUUUCCUAAGGAAAAGCGUUAUGCUGCACCUGAAGGCAGCGACAUUAAGGGUAUAUUGAUAAACCAAGUUUACAGGAAAUGAAAUGAUAUAAACCAUUAUUCUUCACGAGACAAUUGUUAUUUAUUUAAUAAUAAAUACAUUUCUGUACCGCAGACAGUAAUAGGAUCGUGGGGUACGGCGAAUCGUAUUAAUACACACCAAUCUACGUGCGUGUGCUAAGUCAAAUAAGCAAAUCACAAUACAUUUUGAAUGUCUGAAUGUUUCCAAUUGUUGUUGUCUUGAUAAAAAAAAUGUAUACAUCCAAACGCCACUGCUUCGUGUACGUGAGUGGAACGAAAUAAAUAUUUCCCUUAGAUUAAGUAAGUGAUUAUGAUCCUUCGAGGGAACAGGAAAACACAAGACACAACAAACAAGCCCAAGCAUACAUAGGAUCAGACACAUACAAAACACUAACUCACGACCAGGCACAGAUUAGCGGUCCCCAUUUCAGUUGUUUCGAUGUUUGUAAUAUGAAAUCUGUAUUUCCACAUAAUACAUAUA